CUGCAACUGCUGACAAUAGCUGAAAAACAAAGAUGAAAAUAGUGCUCAGCUGUUGAUUUACGGCCACUUAGCUUUUAUUCAUACUAGUAUUUAUUCUGUUUUCUAAGUUAUUAUAUUCAAAUUAUAAGCCAUGAUUCGCGAAGACGACCCUCAGUUUCGAAUAACACCUUUUCAACAAAUGGCAUCGGCAUGUUCCGGUGCCCUUAUAACCUCGCUAUUUAUGACGCCAUUAGACGUAGUGAAAAUAAGAUUGCAAGCGCAGCAAAAGGCGCUGCUUUCAAAUAAAUGUUAUUUAUAUUGCAAUGGACUUAUGGAACAUUUAUGUCCUUGUGGUGAAACAGCAUGGAUACCCCGACGAGUCCACUUUCACGGAACAAUGGAUGCUUUUUACAAAAUAGCCAAAUUAGAAGGUGUAACAGCCCUUUGGUCAGGUUUAAGUCCAACACUUGCAUUAGCGCUUCCUUGCACAGUGAUUUAUUUUGUAUCAUAUGAACAGCUUAGAUAUAAAAUGAAAACCACUUAUAAUACGAUGACAGGAAACAUGGGUCAACCAAUGUGGAUACCUUUAAUAGCAGGAGCAACUGCAAGAAUGACAGCUGUGACCCUUGUCAGCCCUGUAGAACUUAUUAGAACGAAAAUGCAAUCUAAGAAGCUUACAUAUUCUGAAAUAAUGAUUGCAUUACGACAAGUUUUAAAAUAUGAAGGAUACAGAGGACUGUUUCGUGGCUUAGGAUCGACACUUUUGAGGGACGUGCCAUUCUCAGGCAUAUAUUGGACGACAUUUGAAAAAACAAAGAGAAUAUUCAAUAAACCAGAUUCAGACAAGAAUACAUUUAUGUUUAAUUUCUUUUGUGGAUCUGUAGCUGGAAGUGUUGCUGCUUUUAUUACAAUACCUUUUGAUGUCAUUAAAACUCAUCAGCAAAUAGAAUUAGGUGAAAAAGAAAUCUAUACAGAUGGUAAAACUCGACAGAGAGCUUCAAAUAUGAAAGAUAUUGUAAGGGCUAUCUAUAGAAAUCACGGAGUAAAAGGUCUGUUCACAGGCUUCUUGCCUCGUAUAUGUAAAGUUGCACCGGCAUGUGCGAUUAUGAUCGCAACAUUCGAAUAUGGAAAGCAAUUCUUCCAAAAGUACAAUUCUCAAAAAUAUAAGGAAAUGAUGCAAAGACAAGGUGUAGAUCUAACAAUUGUAAAAAGUGAAUAGUGCAAGAUUUUGCGUUUGCUUGUGGCUUAUUUGUAUUGUUUUAGACAUCAUCAAGACAUAAUAAUCGUCAGCCAAGCAACAAGUGGCAAUGACUACUCUUAGCAAGAAAACUACAAUAGGGAACACCAUAAAAGUACAUAAAAUAGAUUUAAGUAUUUUAUGUUAUUGUAAAUAAGUAUUUUUGGUGGCUGUUCAAUAUUCCAGGAAUAGAUUUAAUUCCAAUGAUUUGAUAUUAAAUUAUAGUGACUAUGACCAAAAUUUUAGCAUUCUAUAAGUUAUGUUUAGGUAUAUUAUGUGAAUAGUAAAAUUGUAGUAGAGAUUAAUGCAUAGUUUAAAAACACAAUGUUAGAUUUUUUGGUUAUAUUUUCAAUUUAUCUCAAGAUAUGCAGUACCUAGUACCUUAGACGAACAUUGAAAAUGUUAUGAUUAUGUUGUUACAUUUAUAAUGAUUUGAUGAAGAUUGUAUAUAUUGGCAUAUUCUAUAUAAAUAAUUGAUUUACAAUUAUUAUUGUUGUAUAUACCUUUGUUGUAUUAAAAUAUAUGCGAUGUUCUUUAAA